UGUGUGUGGCCCGAGCAAAUUGCGGAGUGGAGAGAGAGCCCGAACACAUCCGUAUUCUUUUUUUUUCUCCUGUUUUGAAACAACUCAUUCCUUGUCGCGUGACUCAAUUUGAAAGGAUAUAAUUGUUAAGAGAAAGAUAAACAGCAAAGAAGAAUGGUGCAUGCCGACGCGUCCAACUUUGACUCCAAUGUGAGCAAGCAAGAAGCCUAUGCUCAGGUGUUGGAGCAGGCGAGGGGAUUAUUUUUCGAGCAGAGGAAUUGGGUCUGCAACCUCUCCAACGCCGCCUCCCUCCUCUGGCACUGCCUCCACGCCCUCCCCUCCCCCAGCAACCACACAAACUGGACCGGCUUCUACGUCCUCGACCCCUCCUCCCCUCCCACCACGCAACUGAUCCUCGGCCCCUUCCAAGGCAAAGUAGCUUGCCAGACCAUCCGCUUCGGCAGGGGCGUCUGCGGUGUAGCCGCGCAGACCAAAACGACACAAGUGGUCAGCGAUGUGGAAAUGUUUCCUGGCCAUAUCGCCUGUGACGCGGAAUCUAAAUCGGAAAUCGUGGUCCCUGUGAUUCAGAAUGGCGAGGUCGUCGCCAUCAUCGAUGUCGAUUGUGCCGUCAAAGACGCCUUUGACGAUGAAGACAAAAAGGCUUUGGAAGAGUUGGCACAAUUGAUCGCAGAUUCUUGCGAUUUCUGAAGACCACUUUGACUCGAAAACACAUCGAAAAAGGCCAGCGAAGAAAACUCUUUUUUCUUUUUCCGCUCAACGAAAACAUGAUUUGGAACA